CAAUCACAAGGAUGUUUCGUUGUACCAGCACAGCAAAAGCACUAAGCCAUCUGAUCUCGCAAACACAGCUUCAAACACUUCCAGAUUCCCUCCAGUUCCUCCCAAGGUUUCGCGCCACUUGCCGGCUCUGAAGCAGCAGCCAUGAGCUCCCGAAUGGCCGGAGCCGCGCUCCUGCGCCACCUGGCCCCCCGCCUCUUCGCCGCGGAGCCGGUGCCCGGGCUCGCCGGAAGAGGGCUCGUGCCCGCGGCCGCCAGGGUUCUCUCCGCGCGGAUGUCCAGCACCGCUGCGGAGGCCGCCGCCAAAGAAGCUGCCGCCUCAGAGCAGGAGCGGCAGCAGCACGGUGGCAGCGCCGAAAAGCCGACGGCGGCAGAUGGGCAGGAGAAGAAGGGCACCGUCAGCUACUGGGGCAUCCAGCCGCCGAAGCUCGUCAAGGAGGACGGCACGGAGUGGAGGUGGUUCUGCUUCAGGCCAUGGGACACGUACAGGGCGGACACGUCGAUCGACAUGAAGAAGCACCACGAGCCGAGGGCGCCGCCGGACAAGCUGGCCUACUGGCUGGUCAAGUCGCUGGUCGUGCCCAAGCAGCUCUUCUUCCAGCGUCGGCACGCCAGCCACGCGCUGCUGCUGGAGACGGUGGCCGCCGUGCCGGGCAUGGUGGGCGGCAUGCUGCUCCACCUGCGGUCGCUGCGCCGCUUCGAGCACAGCGGCGGGUGGAUCCGGGCGCUGCUGGAGGAGGCUGAGAACGAGCGGAUGCACCUCAUGACCUUCCUGGAGGUGGCGCAGCCGAAAUGGUGGGAGCGCGCCCUCGUGCUCGCCGCGCAGGGCGUCUACUUCAACGCCUACUUCGUCGCCUACCUCGCGUCGCCCAAGUUCGCGCACCGCUUCGUCGGCUACCUCGAGGAGGAGGCCGUGCACUCGUACACCGAGUAUCUCAAGGACCUCGAGGCGGGCAUCAUCGAGAACACGCCGGCGCCGGCAAUCGCCAUCGACUACUGGCGCCUCCCCGCCGACGCCAGGCUCAAGGACGUCGUCGCCGUCGUGCGCGCCGACGAGGCGCACCACCGCGACGUCAACCACUUCGCCUCGGACAUCCAUUACCAGGGGAUGAAGCUUAAGGACACGCCUGCGCCGCUCGGCUACCACUGAUCAGUCGACGUAGAUUGCUCAAUUCAGCAAUGUUGUUAUUACCUACAGUACUACCCCCUCGGACGCCUUGUUUGGGGUCAAUUGGUCUGCAUGAUUUGUGUGUAAAUGAUCAGUACUUUCAUCCACAUAUAAUCGAGUCUGAUUUACCACCUGUAAGAGAAUGAAUGGGUUCGUGGUUGUGUCUAUGUAACACGUGUCAUCUUGUACAUAUUAACGAGUGACAUUUAUCAGUAAGACUUUUUAGUACGAGUAGUGAAAUAUGCCAUGCAUUGCAAUUAGCACUGGAUUGUCAUUUGCUGAUUUGCAGGAGUAUAACUAGAUUGAUGUUACUCUCUUGUUCCAAAUUAUAGUUCGUUUGACUUA